CAACGUAGGGUUUAUUGUUAUUCUCCUUGGAGGCAGUGCAGCAUCUGAGAAACUAAACCCCACAAAAAUCCUCGUCCCUCCCUCACCGUAUACGGCAGAGCCACUGCAACAGGAAGCAGAGUUCGCCGCUACUCCGCGACCCUACCCUAUCAAUUUUCGUACUUCUUUUCGUAAUUGCAGCGAAGAAUGGCGAAGAGGAAGGAGCGGAUUCAGAACCCGGAGCCAUUCGAUCCGUACGGCGCCGACCCCGCGAAGACGAAGAAGCGUUCGAAGGCGCCGAAGCGGCACCAGCAGGAAGAGCAGUUCAUUGCUCCCAAACUCAGCUCCAAGAUCAUGAAGCAGGCGCUGAUCCAGCAGAAGGAGGAAGAGAAGGAGGAAACGCACGAGAACAACGCCGCCGCGAAUUUAUUCGAAGAGGUUCCGAACUUCGAGGAAGACGGCGGUGACGACAUCGACGACUUCGCCGGGUUCUCCGAAACGCAGAGCCAGUUUGCCGGAUAUGAUGAGGAGAUUAAUGAGGAGGAUGAGAGACUAAUGGAAGCAUUCAUUUCGAAGGAGCCCGGUCAGCAGAAAACACUCGCAGACCUCAUUGUCCAAAGAAUAAAAGAAAAGGAUGCUUCUAUUGCUUCAGAAAAUCGACCUGUUCCAAAAUUGGAUAAAUCCAUAAUUGACAUAUACAAGGGGGUUGGGACUCAUCUCAGCAGAUAUACAAUAGGCAAAAUACCCAAGGCAUUCAAACACAUCCCCUCUAUGCAACUUUGGGAGGAGGUCUUGUAUAUAACCGAACCUGAGAAUUGGUCUCCAAAUGCUCUUUAUCAAGCCACUAGGAUUUUUGCUUCUAAUUUUGGUGCAAAAAAGGCAGAACGCUUCUACAAGCUUGUGUUGCUUCCAAGAGUGAGAGAAGAUAUAAGGAAGAAUAAACGGCUGCAUUUUGCCUUAUAUCAAACUCUGAAAAAGGCUUUGUACAAACCUGCUGCAUUCUUUAAGGGCAUACUGUUUCCGCUAUGUGAGUCACGUACUUGCACUCUUAGGGAAGCAGUCAUUAUUGGAAGCAUUAUAGAAAAAGUUUCUAUUCCUCCACUUCAUUCAAGUGUUGCGCUAUUGAAGCUUUCUGGAAUGGAAUAUUGUGGCACCACUAGCUAUUUCAUAAAGCUUCUUCUGGAGAAAAAAUAUGCCUUGCCAUAUCGUGUGGUUGAUGCAGUUGUUGCUCAUUUUAUGAGAUUUUUCAAUGAAACCAGGAUAAUGCCUGUUAUAUGGCACCAGUCACUUCUUGCUUUUGUGCAGAGGUACAAAAAUGAGCUGCAGAAGGAAGAUAAGGAUAGAUUAAGGAAUCUACUGGAAAAGCAAAAGCAUAAAUUGGUUACACCUGAAAUUAGUAGAGAGCUAGACCAUAGCUGCAACCGAGGUGAAAAGGAGGAAGAUCUUAUGUCAAUUUCCAGUCCAGUAUAUGUGAUAAACAAGACUAUUGAAGAAGAUAGAUUUGACAUUCCAGAUGUACCAAUGGAGGAGGAUUAAUUUAUUGUGUGCUACUGCAGGUUUUACAUUGUGGAGUGUUUUCUGUUAGAGGCAGUAGCAGUAACAAUUGGCUACACGGGGACUAAAUAAAACUUCUUUGUCCCUGAACGAAAGUUGUCCAUCCAAUUUUUUAGGGAUAAUUUCAUAAUGUCUCCCUUUUUUGUUCGAUAUGUAUGAAACCCUGUUGGGCAUGCUAAAUGCCCUGUUCUCUUUGGGCUCUCUGUUGCAAACCAUCUGACACAGACUUGGGUGUAUUUCUGGCCAACUCACAGGCUAUAACCUUUGUCACUCUGGCACACUGUUGUAUGGUCUGUAUUAUGUUCACGUCAAAGAGAUCUUUUAUAUUACUGACUCUUGUUUGGCUUAACUUUCAAUUA